AUCAGGAAGUAACCUUCCCGCCCAGAUCUCAUUCAAACGGCUGCUUUCGUGCUGGUUCCUGGGGCUACUGCUUCUGCUGCCGUCUUCAACUAGAAGCCGGAGGACGCUGGAGAAAAGAAAGGAAGAACUCUUGUCAGUGAUGCAGGGAGCUGUGGGGGAUCGGGCUUUCUUCUGCUGGCACCUCCGGAGCUCUGGCUGGUGGUAGGGCCUUUUCUUACCUUGGGAGUAGUUCUAGAAGCCAGGAAUGUAUAUGCAGGUAGAGACCCGAACUGGCUCCCUUCUUCAUCUGAAGAGGUCUCCUGGUAUCCGAUCCUGGUCUCUUCUUGUAGGGAUCUUGUCCAUUGGCUUGGCAGCUGCAUACUACAGUGGAGAUAAUCUAGGCUGGAAAUUCUUCUAUGUCACAGGGUGUCUAUUUGUGGCGGUGCAGAACUUAGAGGACUGGGAGGAAGCCCUAUUUGACAAGACUACUGGGAAAAUAACCUUGAAAACAUUCAACCUCUAUAAGAAAAUAUUGACAGCUUCUAGAGCAUGCCAUGAACAAGUGGUGGUUGGACUGAAUGAUAUUCAGGAUGUGAAUGUCAUAGAGGAGAAAGUUCGAUAUUUUGGGAAGGGCUAUACAGUGGUACUUCGGUUUGCAACAGGCUUUUCCCAUCCUCUUACCCAGAGUGCAGUGAUGGGUCAUCGGAGUGACGUGGAAGUAAUUGCCAAGCUUAUCAUCAACUUUCUGGAGCUGCACAAGCCAAAGAGCCCCAAAGACUUGUCCCAGAGCAGUGACACUGAGGCCAGUGAUGUGGAUGACCCCAGGCAGCAGAACUAAGUUUGACAGGGCAGCCUGAGCCACUGAGUCUGGCGGCCCUGUUCCUCCUGCAGCUUUUCAUACUUCCUUCUUCCCUCCCUUUUCCCAGGACAGCUUGCUUGGCUAUAUUUGGUUUUUACAUUGAUGCGGGUUGCUAGCAGAGGGGUCUGUGUUUUGUUUCUGCUUCUCUGACAAACCUCCCCCUCACCAGAUUGGACCUUAACCCGCGUGGCCAUUUGUUGAGUUUGUCCCUUCCUUCUUAAUUGUUGGGUAUGGAGUCACAGAACUUAAAAGGACCUUAGAGACUGUCCAGCCCUCUCAUUUUAUAGAGGAGGAACCUGAGGCUGAAAAAGGGGAAGUGAUAUUCCUUAGGUCACACAGCUUAAUAAAUGGAAGAGCUGAUAUGUGAACCACAUCAUCUAUAACUCCGUUGUUCUUCCCACUAGAUCAUGUUGCCUUAGGCCACUCUCUCGGGGGUGGGAGAUUAGGCUGAUAGGUCUCCUCAGCCACUGGUCAGUUUUCCUCACCUAGAGUACCUGGAGAAGUCUAGGCAAGAAGGCUCUUUUGAGAUUUUGCUUCAGAGAUAAGAAACAUGAAGAAAUACAAAAUGAAAAAAGGAAUGAGAUUUGGGGAGGAACGUGAAUGUCAACCAUUUGAAGUUACUUCUGUUGAGCAGGAAUUCCUAACCUGACAUCCAUGGACUCAUGGAUAGAUCUCAUGGGACAUCUGAACUUAGAUGGGGAAGAAAAAAAAUUACAUAUCUAUUUUCACUAGCCUGUAAUUGAAAUUUUAGCAUUUCCUUCAAUUUUGAAUUUUUUAAAAAGCCCAGUAUUCUAAGAGAGGAGUCCACACUGCAUACUUCGCCACACUGUCAAAUGAAGUUCCAUGAAACAAAAAUACUUAGGAACUGGUCUAGAAGCAUUUGAAUGUACUUAAAAUCACAUCUACAAAAAUUGCUGCCUCAUUAUGGGACCAAGUGAGGCAGCUGGUAACGUUGGUUGUUAAAUAUUUAAUUAUUUCUAUGAAAUUUUAGGGAACUAACAGCCCCAGCCCUUGAGAGAGGGGCUUGAAGUGGUUACGUGGCCGUCGCUGGUUGGACAUUCUGUUCUUUGGGUACCUUUUAAAUAUUUUGUCUCAGGAAAUCAUGAAACAAAGCCUUAUCCCAGCCUCCUUGAUGUUUCUGCCCAAUUGGAGAGCACAACUGUACAAGUGCUUAAAUUAAAGGGUCUUAUGAGAGGCCAGAAGUCUCAGCUUUAUACCAGCCAUAGAUAAUGAAACCCUGCAAAUGAACAGGCCAACUGAGAAAUGAGAUCUCUUUAUACCUCCAGCUCGUGUCCCAUCUCACUAAAGAGGCUGAAUGGAGUUUUGGGUGGGUAUAUGUAGCUGCAGGCUGUGUCUAACUGUGGAACUACAUGUGUUUUGGAGAUUAUAAAUAAAUGAGGAAGUUUUUCAGA